UUUCUAAUGAGGCCGAAGUUGAAAAAACUGUGACCACUGGUGCUAUGUUGGGAACACAGGCAGGCAACCAAAAUUCAGAGAAAAAUGAUCCUACUGAGAAGAGUUUUAACCUGGAAGCAAUAGAGCACUAUCCGGAAGGGGACUCUUUGGACGCAGAAGACUCGGGGAUGCUGCGACCUUGCAUAGAACGACACGAUACUUCACUUGAUGAAGCUACCCUUUUGGUUUUUGAGCAGGAAAACCAAACAGGCCUACCAUUCUCUGAUGCAAACUCUCUUCCUGAGGAGAAUUUCAGUUUGGCUACAAGGGACUCUUUGGAAGCUGGAGGCUCAAUGAUGCUACAACCGUUCAUGGAGCGAAGCUCCUGGAACUGUGAGUAUUUGCUAAAAGUAUCUCCAGAUCAAUUCUGGAUGCAAAUUGGGAAUCAGUUCCUGCGAGGUUCUGAGGUUACAGCCUUUCUGUACAAGUUUCGAAUGUGGCUGCUAACAAGUGAGCUCAAGUGUGAUGAAGAAUUAUGCAACGCAUACAAAGAAACUGCAGUCCACGCUUCCAAACAUGCCGAUUCAUUGGAUGAAUCGGAAGCCAGGUUUUCAAAAGCAGUCGCGCAAGGAAUGCUCAGUUUCCAGACACUAUCUCAAAUUAAGGCUUUCCUUCGUAAACCUGGUUUUUUAAUUGAGUUCGUUUUUCGAAAUGAAAAGGCGAUUGAAAAAACUGCUUAAGAUUCAAACAGCUCA